ACCGUGUACCUGGAAAUAUGAAAGAUUACCUAUACGAUUGGCGAAAUGUAGAUAAACAUGAUUUAUCCGCUGAAUAUAAUCUUUUAUUUAGUACUACUUUCAAAAGUGAUCUCUGAAUGUGUACCCAAACAAGAAGGAAAUACCGUGUCAUUGAAGCAUGCCUGGCCGUUCAACUCGUGUUGCGAGUACGUGGAGUGGAUGAAAGAUGGGGUACCCGUGUGUACAUGUGAGAACCUUGUGUGUACAUGUGUACACGAGUACAGUACGGCGGUGACCGGAGUCUUCCGUCAUUCUGACCAGUGUGUCACCAUACUGACACUGUCAGAUGUCACACCGGACCGUUUCAGCCUCGUUCAGGGCGUAUGGGAGGUUGUGAUAAACAAAAAGUUGGAGUUUUACUGUAAUCAGACUGUUUACGCCGUAAGAGGUCAGGCUGAAUAUACCAUCCAGGACACACAGAGGCAGCUCCUGAUCAACUACACAGUACUGGUCUACCCAGAAGGUGGCAGUACUGCUGUUGUCGUCGACUCACGUGGAAUAUCGAACAACAUCUCCCCUGCCUGUACGAACGUCAAAUCUACACAACAUCCGUUCUUGUCGCUGUCCUGUUUCCUGCAGUUGCCCAAAGACAUCAUCCGAGUUAAGCUCUCAGUCUAUCCCCGUCUCUACCAUAACACCACUGACCAGAUGUACGGUACUCACUUGGUACUAAAUAUGUAUUUAACACCAGCUGAUGAUUCAGUCAAGGUAUCGCACGUUGAUACAUCUUGUGCAGUGAUGAUGCUGGUGUUGUCUUGGUGGCUCUUGUAGAACUGGGGGUGUUUAUACCUUUCAGGGACCUUGUACAUAUCUUAUUCUAAUGCUCGCAUUAUAUUCAUAUUUAUAGUAGUGAAUCUUGGUGCUAAAUUGUUCGUUUAAGAGACAGUUGUUGUUUAAUACAAUUUUUAAACAACUUAUGAUUGUAUGUUAGGCGAAUGACUUGUAAACUAUGUGCACACCGCAGCCUCCAUUUUAGUAAACAAUUUUCAUUCCAGACCUAUAUAAGUUUUUUUAAAGCAAAGCACCAAGGGAAAUAACCUUUUAUCACACUUGGCAUUUAGCUUGUGUCAAUAACGUCCUCUUAGUUUUUUAGCCAUAGACCAGGGGUCGGCAACCUGCGGCUCGUGAGCCGCAUGCGGCUCUACUGAUAUCAAGAUGCGGCUCUCCAGCUCCUUGAACAAAUACUAAUAAUCUUAAUAAAAAUUAAUACUAAUAGUUUCGCUGUCUGUCUAUGUAUCUCGUAUCUAUCUAUCUGUCUGACAAGAACGCUCUAGAGAAAACACAAGCAAAAUAAAAACCUUCACAGUAAUUCGAAAAACGAAGUAUGACGUUGACAGAUUUAGCAUAGAGUAGAACAUAAUCUCAAACCAGAGAGUGCACACAGUAAUAUGACGUCAUUGAUUCUCGCGUAAACAUUGAUUAAAAAGGAAAUGUCUAAUCUAAAUGGUUUGCGUGAAGAGUUUCUUGCAUACAAUUCUUCGGGUAGGGGCGAAGCCCCACCCCCCGCGUAAGAACGUCUGAGCCCCCCCCCUCCCCAACUCAAAAGAAAUUUCUUCAUCGAUACUCUACAUUAAAAUUACCGCCUAAUUAAUGUGUCUAAUCUAAAAAGUGGUUUUCUCGCAAUUUCUUUAGUGCAAUUAUUCGCGUAGUGGCUAACCGCGACACCAGUGUUUCUUUAAGAUUUUUUCCUCCCCGGAGAGGGGUGGGGGUACUUGAAAUUUUCGCGGGCGGGGGUAGAAUUUUCGGGGAAUGGCGGACACUGGAAAAAGUAUAUAAUUAUAUUUGGUUGAAUGGG